AUGGCGAAGCAUCCGCGCAUGGUUACCCUGUUCUCCGUGGAGUGCGGUCCCUACUUUGACUGGCAAACCGUGGGGCUCAUGCACAGCUACAGGUGUGUGUGUGUGGAGGGCAGGCGCAGCAGGCAACCAGGCCCCAUCACUCGCCUCCUGAGCUGCACGGAGGAGCAGCUAAAGGACUACCCCAACAUGGACCUCGCUCCCACACACACCAUCAUCCCACGUGUUUGCACUCACCUGUCCAGUCUUAUGUUGUGUCUGCCUCCUCUGCUGUUCUCCCUCGCCAGGCGCAGCAAGCAACCAGGACCCAUCACUCGCCUGCUCAGCUGCACGGAGGAGCAGCUAAAGGAGUAUCCCAACAUGGACCUCGCUCCCACACACACCGUGCCAUCCAUGUCUCUCGACCCCAAGACUGGCGAGUGGUAUCCAGCAAUCAACAAGCCCUACGGCGUGUGGCACUGGGUGCAGCACAGCCCGCAGGCACAGCAGGCGGAGUGGGUGGUCAUUCUGGACGCUGACAUGGUCAUCAGGGCACCAGUCACACCAUGGGGCGUCAAGGCAGAGAAGGGCAAACCAGUCGCCGCUUACUAUGGCUAUCUGAUCGGUUGUGACAACAUACUGGCCGAGCUGCACACCAAGCACCCCGAGCUGUGCCCCAAAGUCGGUGGUUUCAUCGUCAUGCACAUUGACGAUCUGCGCCGCUUCGCCCCGCUCUGGCUCAGCAAGACACAGGAGGUGCGAGCAGACAAGGCACACUACGCGAGGAACAUCACGGGAGACGUGUACUCCUCAGGGUGGAUCAGCGAGAUGUAUGGCUACUCGUUUGGCGCUGCUGAUGCCGAGUUACAACAUCAAGUGGACCAGACGACCAUGCUCUAUCCGGGUUACACCCCAACGCCAGGCGUGGACCCGCGCCUGCUGCACUACGGGCUCGCCUUCUCCGUCGGCAACUGGAGCUUUGGCAAGUCGCAGCACCGGACGGAUAAGAUUGUGAAUGAGUGCAACCGGCUGUUUGACCCUCCACCGUUCCCCUCUGAGAUCAUAGAGCUUGACAAAGAGAAGAAGCGGGGCCUUCUAUUGAGUAUAGAGUGUGUCAACACAUUGAACGAGGGUCUUAUCAUCCACCAUGCCACCCACGGCUGCCCCAACCCAGCCCCCUCCCCCUACCGCUCCAUGCUGCUUGCAAGCAUCCAGUCAUCCCUGGGCCCUGCUGCCUUUGGCCCCACUGUUUCUUCCCGGCCUGAUGGGGGCAUGCUCCGAGGGGAGGGGGUGAGAGCAACAGCAGUGGCAGCAGCAGCAGCAGCAGCAGCAGCAGCGGUGGCGGCAGUGGCAGCAACAGCAGCAGCAGCAGUGAUGGGAGUGCAGGCGGGGGAAGGUCAGGAGGCGUGA